CCCGUAUGAAAGUAACAGAGACAAUUUGAACCUCCCCCACGCUCCUCAUUUGUUCACAGAGAGACUAGAGUGAGAAAUGGAUAGGGAGGAGCAGUGCCGUCUGUACGAGGCCUACAACGAGCUCCACGGCCUCGCCCAAGCCUUCGACACUCCCUUCGACGCUCCCGCCGUCCUCGUCGUCGGCCACCAGACAGAUGGCAAGAGCGCAUUGGUCGAAGCCCUCAUGGGCUUCCAGUUCAACCACGUCGGCGGCGGCACCAAGACCCGCCGCCCCAUCACUCUCCACAUGAAGUACGACCCGGACUCCCACUCCCCUCUCUGCCGCCUCGUCUCCGACUCCGACCCGGCCCAGGCCCACCCCAAGUCCCUCCAGGACAUCCAGGCUUACAUUGAGGCUGAGAACAUGAGGCUCGAGAAGGAGCCUUGUCUCUUUUCCUCCAAGGAGAUCAUUAUUAGAGUCGAGUACAAGUACUGCCCCAACCUCACCAUUAUCGACACUCCCGGCCUCAUUGCUCCUGCCCCCGGCCCCAAAAAUCGAGCAUUGCAGGUUCAAGCUCGUGCGGUGGAAGCACUCGUGCGAGCUAAAAUGCAGCAUAAAGAGCUGAUUAUAUUGUGUCUUGAAGAUUGCAGUGACUGGAGUAAUGCAACUACGCGGAGGGUAGUAAUGCAAAUCGAUCCUGAGCUCUCGAGGACUGUAAUUGUUUCAACCAAGCUCGAUACGAAAAUACCCCAGUUUGCACGGUCAUCAGAUGUGGAAGUGUUUCUGUCACCUCCCACAUGUAUGCUCGAUGGGUGCAUCUUGGGAGACUCGCCUUUCUUUACUUCUGUGCCGUCUGGAAGAGUUGGUUUUGGACAUGAUUCGGUUUACAGAUCUAAUGAUGAGUUUAAACAGGCAAUAUCUGUAAGAGAAAAGGAAGAUGUUGCAAGCUUAGAGGAAAAAUUGGGCCGGUCACUGUCUGUACAAGAGAGAAGUAGGAUAGGUGUAAGUAAACUUAGGUCUUUUCUUGAAGAAUUGCUACAGAAAAGGUACAUGGAAAAUGUACCACUGAUCAUUCCACUUCUUGAGAAGGAAUACCGGAGUGCAACAAGAAGGAUGAAUGAAAUAAAUCAAGAACUCAGCACUUUGGAUGAACUGAAACUAAAGGAGAAAGGGAGAUUAUUUCAUGAUAUGUUCUUGACGAAGUUAUCAUUGCUAUUGAAAGGAACAGUUGUUGCACCGCCAGACAAAUUUGGAGAAACACUACAAGAUGAGCGAAUUAACGGAGGAGCAUUUGUCAGUAGCGAUGGCCUUCAGUUCCCUCACAAGCUUAUACCUAAUGCAGGAAUGCGUCUCUAUGGGGGUGCACAAUACCAUCGUGCCAUGGCUGAGUUUCGUUUUGUAGUUGGAGGAACAAAAUGCCCUCCAAUUACAAGGGAAGAAAUCGUGAAUGCAUGUGGAGUUGAAGAUUUACAUGAUGGAACAAACUACUCUAGGACAGCUUGUGUAAUAGCUGUUGCAAAGGCUCGUGAUACAUUUGAGCCUUUCCUUCAUCAGUUGGGUGGUAGACUCUUGCACAUUCUGAAGAGAUUGCUUCCAAUAUCUGUUUAUCUUCUUCAGAAAGAUGGUGAGUAUUUGAGUGGCCAUGAGGUGUUUCUCAGGCGUGUUGCCUCUGCAUUCAAUGACUUUGCAGAAUCUACCGAAAGGGCAUGUCGUGAAAAAUGUAUGGAGGAUUUAGUAAGCACCACACGCUACGUCACAUGGUCUCUUCACAAUAAGAAUCGUGCUGGGUUACGUCAGUUCUUGGACUCAUUUUCUGGAACAGAACAUACCACUGUGGGUGGUACUUCUGUGUCUUCUGGUCUUUCUCAAGAUUCAGCAGUUGGGUCAGUCGCCAUUGAGAAGGACACCAAGUCACGGGCAGAUGUGAAGCUCAGUCAUCUGGCCUCCGGCAAUGACUUGACUUCUAUUCAAACUACAGAAACAAGGCUGGCUGAUCUGCUAGAUAGUACACUUUGGAAUAGGAAACUUGCUCCUUCAUCUGAAAGGAUUGUUUAUGCUUUGGUGCAGCAGAUAUUUCAUGGCAUAAGAGAAUAUUUCUUGGCCUCCGCGGAGUUGAAGUUCAACUGCUUUCUCUUGAUGCCUGUUGUAGAUAAGUUGCCUGCACUCCUUAGAGAAGACUUGAAAUCUGCUUUUGAAGAUGAUUUGGAUAAUAUUUUUGAUAUCACAAACCUGCGAAACUUACUGGGCCAGCGAAAGCGAGACGUAGAGGUUGAGCUUAAAAGGAUCAAGAGGCUUAAGGAUAAAUUCAGAUCACUACAUGAGCAGCUGAGUUCAGUUAGACGCAAUGCUAAUGCCUUUUCUGACUCCAGUUGAGUGAUUUUGGUUCGAACUUAUUCAUAUGAGGAAGUAAAAUUUGCUGGCUGAAAAAUGGUAAGGUUUCCCUUGUAGCGUGUUUAUAUGGAAGUGAGCAUUAAUGACAUGGUUAGAUUUAGAAGUGAAACUCAGUCCGAAAAAUCUUAUAUGUUUGAAUGGACAAAUUGGCGUCUGAUCGUCUAUAUAUAUUAUAUACCACUGAUUGGAUUAGUUUCAAA